AUGAGCCAAGCACCUACGUACCCUUCAUGUCUAAUUAAUUGGCCUUUUUUAGAAAACAUUAUUUAAUAUUUAUUUACUAGAUAAGUUAAAAAGUUGUUUACCACAAUAUUUGUCAAAGGAUCCUAAAACAAAACUUACAAGCUAGAUAAUUAAUGGAGGAUUGUUAAGAUCUCAAACAAGAUUGAGAUUGCUGCAAAUAUUAUAAUGCUCAAUUAUACAUCUGUUAAAUAAGAAUAUUUGUCUCUCAAAUUUUUUGAAGAAAUUAUAGCUGUAAUUGAGUAAGCAAGGAAUAGUAAUGCCAAAACUAAGUAUAGCUUGAAAAGAGUCUUUGUAUUUUCUUCUACAGUGCUACCUAUAAAUUACUAGACUCCCGUUAGAGAAUUUACAAUCGGAGCAUUUUUAGAUCAGUACAGUCUAAAAAGUCUAAAAGUCUAAAAAGUCUGA